AUGUACGGCGCUCUCACCUUCGCUCUCAAACAAGAACUGGACAAAAUCGACACCGCUAAGGAGUAUUCUGGGAACCUUCCCAAGAUACAGUCGAAAUCUGGGCGAUCAUAUUUUGUCAAGCAAGGAUCACCAGCUGAACAAGAGCAGUAUGUCGGCGAGGCGGAAUCGUUGAAGGCUAUCCAAAGGGCAGCACCUGGACUGGCUCCAGAGGUAUACGCGUAUGGCACACUUCAAGAUGGAAAGCCGUACUUCAUAUCAGAGUACAAGAACAUGGGUCAUCUAACCACCCCAGCCGCGAAGGAACUUGCCAAAAGGUUGGCCAACGAACUCCACCAACUGAAGAGUUUGCAUGGAUUUGGAUUCCACGUACCGACUCAUUGCGGUCCAACUCGCUUCGAGAAUGGAUGGUAUCCAACAUGGGAGAAGUGCUAUUCUGCAAUGUAUCAGCAUCUGAUCAGUGAGAUACGGAGGAAAGGAGGGAAGGAGCACUUGUGCAAAGUUGGUGACAAAGUCAUUAGCCAGGUCAUUCCUCGACUUUUGGGACAUCUUGUCAUUCAACCAGUACUCCUACAUGGAGAUCUUUGGAGCGGGAAUGUAGGAGUCGAUGAGGCGACUAAGAAACCGGUGAUUUAUGACCCAGCAUCGUUUUAUGGGCACAAUGAAUCCGAUCUGGCAAUCGCACGCAUCUUUGGAGGAUUCCCUCAGACGUUCUUCGACACCUAUUUCGAAAACAACCCCAAGACUGAGCCGGUGGACGAAUUUGAUCUGCGUGCAGAACUCUACGAGGCAUUCCAUUACCUGAACCACACUGUCAUUUUCGGGGGACACUAUGCACGACAUGCGGAGACCAAGUUGACUGGACUUCUUGAAGCGAUCGAAAGGCUUGGGCCUGUAAAGCAGGGGAAUGGUGAAGAUAAGGAACAGGCGGCGUUGUUUGAGGCUCCGGAUCCAACCAAAGUAAACUGA